UUACAGGGAAUCAAAUAGCUCAUUUUUCUACUCAUCCAAUUUGAUACUUGAAGGACUUCAAGUCUUAGCGCAUCCGAAGCUUGACGCUACCGACCCCGUUCAUGGUCGUUAGAUUGCUUUAAUCGCAAACUUGGGUUAUAUCUUAUUGUUGUCGAUUACUUUUCUGAUUAGCUGUAAUUGCAUUCUAUUUACUUACCGGGUCGUCUCACUUUUUCUCCUGUUCUUUCAUCCCUACGAUUCGAAGUCUUACGCUAACUGACAAAAAUGCCUUUCGAGCAAACCUUGCAUUGGUAACAUUGAAGCCCAUUUUUGACCAGUUUGACAAUAGGACUUACCACAUAAUCUUCAACAGUUUUAUUUGUCCGCAUUUAGAAUAGUAUGUCCUCCCUCACUCCAAAAGGAUAAGGACACUGGAGCGUAUCCAACUACGAGCCACGAAAUCAUUUCUGGGACUCGAAUUCAAGCCUUAUGAACAGCGCCUCUGAUCACUAGACCUUUACUCAUUAGAGUAUAGGCGUGUUAGAGGUGACCUUCUAAUGGCCUACAGUAUCCUUAAAACCUCUAGACAUCCUCUUAAACACAAGCUUAGCUCCAACACAAACCUAACGGGUAACACCCAGGAAAUAGAAACACAACACAGCAGAACGGACUGUAGACAUAACUUUUACUCCUUUAGAGUAGUCAAAUGCUGGAAUUCGCUGCCGACUGAGCUAGUGCAAGCGACUUCCCGGGAGUACUCUAAGAGGCAACUUGACCUAUUCUUAAGGACUAGGGAUAAUAUCUUACUAUGAUUUACAAAUUUUUCCCCUUUUAUCAAGAAUAUACAUAGGUUCCUGCUUGGAGGUAUUGAUGAUCCACUGCUACUAGACACGGAAGCCCGUUAAGUGAAAGCUUCUAUUCCGUCCACAACCAUUUGAACUAUUUAUAGAUUCGCACACCUCCCUUUCUCAUCUAAUACGAGGAACCUUCAGGCUAGACACAAGCCUACCGAAGUCUGGCCGUCACAUCGCAGUAUGUUUUGUUCCACACAUCUCGUUCUUAGUUAUUGAGAAUGCUUCAGUGUAACACUUGAAAACAAGAAAAGAUCUAACUGACGGCCUCAUAAACCUGAUAAUAUCAGUCAGUCAGUUACAACGUAGCACCAGGCACAUACAUGCAUUGGCCCAAAUUGCCAUACCUCAUUAGCACCGAAUUCAUAGACUUAGUUACUCCAGUGGUAGCAAUAUAUAUAUAAAACGAUUGCAUUUAGAGAUAUAAAAUAGGGAGAAAAAAUAAGUUCGUAGAAAUAGAGGUAUAAAGCAUUUUAAUCUCAUGGGAAGAUAAAGAGUGUAAUAUGGCAACAAACCACCGAAUCCCCAGUACUUCUGUUUUUCCUUCCCAUUUUCUGGUCGAAAACUGGUUUAGUUAAUUAGAACGAAAAUUUAUGAUAAAUGUAGGGCUAGUUGCGUCACUGUAUCGGUACAAAGCGUAAUAUAAGAGUUCGAUAAAACCUGAUUUUUACUAUGCACAUAAAUUCACUUUCCUUCAUAGAUAUAUAAUAAUGAUGACAAAUAUAAUUUUAAAGAAACAUGCUCACCGUCUUAUAUUUGUCAUUUACUCAUAUCAACUCCUUCCAACUAUCUUAAUAAAUGCAUUUCACCAACAUAUUCAGUCACUUAAUUUCCACAAGGUUGUGUUCGCAUUUAGGACUAAAGGUUGACGUGAUUUACUAGUCAUGGAAAAUUGUCUUACUUCCGUUAAGCUACAGACUAAUGUUUGCAGUUUGAAAAGCUUAAUCUCAGAAAUAAAAUGUUCUGUCAAUAAUCUUUAUUUUCAUGUUUUUAGAUCUCUUCAAAUAAAUUUUAUCGUUUGAUGUAAAGUAUGGAUAAGUCGGUUGAACGUGCUGAAGGGGUUCUCGUUUAUAACCCUAAAACUGUACCUCAUGGUGCCAUACAGUUAAAUCCUUCUGAGGCACUUGCUCUGCGUCUUCAAAUAAUCAAUUCAUGGAACAAACCUCUAGAUGUGUUACCUCUUAAGUUUGGAGGAGAAGCAGUAACAGUAGCUACCUUUUUCUCAAGUUUACUUGUAACUUAUCGCUCAAGAUCGUUUUUUAAUAUGUUCACUAGAGUUGGACUUGCUUUAUCUUUGGUUCCGUGCGUAUUUCUUCCUACUGGCAUCGCACACCACUGUUUUACCCGUUUUGUUUCUAAUCAAAUUCUUGUUGGACCCUCUAAUUCAAUGUUAUAUCCUGACUGUAGUAUUUGCUUACAAAUACGUGAAGCUCUAAUAAUGAAUACGUGUGGAUUGGUCCUACCCCUAGGCUUUGGCUUUCUCUCUUCUGCAGCCUCUGCACUUAUCACACGAUCUUACCCGGUACCUGACCUGCUUGAUGUUAAAAGUAUGUGGAGAAUGUUCAAACUCUAUAGUAACUCAUUUCGAACUGUUGGCACCUGUUUGCUUUUGGGUCAUACAAUAUUUGGAACAGCAUUGGUAUACGCUAUGAUGGAUAGUAAUCAACGUGUUCUCAGGCAGCAAAAGUUUAGUCCCAGUAGUGAUUCAUAUAACGAAUGAUUCAUUGCAAACUAAAUCGAACUUUAGUGCUUGUUGUAAAUUGGUUACAAUUAAAUAUAGAUUUACUUUACUGCACUAAUCUUCUUAACUCUUAAUUAUAUUUGAAAAAGUUAUCGACCUAAUUUUAUUCAAACUACAGGCAGCAAAAUGUCAGACGAAUACACAAAGGUAUUGCAUUUCUUUUGCACUGACCAUUUUCUAAUUUUCUUAAUCUCUUUUAUACUGAGUACAUUUUCCAAUAUGAGUUAACUUUAUUCGAAUAUUUGUUAUGAUUAAGACAAGUUUUGCAACAAAUAUGUGUGGUGUUUUAAGAUAACUCAUAAGAAACUCAAUAUGAUCGCAUUCAUAUUACUUUGUUAACGCCCGGUUGUAACUAGCGCACAAAUGACAAGCUUGUGUAUUUUGAGAUUUAUUAAUUGUAGUCACAAUUGGACUGAAGUAUGUCUGUAUUCUGUUGGUCAGUGUUGUUUAUUUAAAGUUCAUCGAAAGUGAUAUUGUGGUGUGCGCUACUUACGUGGACAGAUAUUUGUAGUAUAUGACAGGUUUUUGAAGUGAAAUGCAUACCAGCAGAGGACUGAAAUAAGGUGAAGAGGAAGGAAAACAGAGCAGUCGAAAUAACAACAGAAUUGGAGGAAUGGACUAUGUAAAGGACAACUUAAGGGAAAUGUGCAAUUGAUGUAUUUAAUGUGUGAUUUUCAUAUUUUACAAAGGCACUGUGUCCUUUUGCAUAAAACAAAUUGCUUUACUUUACCUGCCUUUUCGUUCAUUACAGUAUUACCGCCUUAUUGCAUAAUAGUUUGCUUCAAUAGUUUUUCCCCCAGUAAUAUUUUAAGGUUUACUUUAAAUAAUACUCCAUGUUCAUUUGCAGUUAGUCAGAAUAUAGUACAGACCAAAUCCCACCAAUGUAAAUAAAAACAGUUAUCGUAUUGAUUAACAUUGACUAUGAUAUUUGUUCAUGUACUUGAAUACAACAUUAAUCAAUAAUGUCAAAAACUGCUUAGUAGUGUUAAUAGUAUGCCGACAUUUACCACAACCUUAAUGUUGAAAAUAAGAUUAUGUAAAUCCUUUGUUUGUCUUCAUAUUGAGUAAGAUUUGAAUAUGUCGCACCAUUCCGAUCAAGUAAAUGCCAUGUGCAUACAUAUUUGUCCAAUCUUUUCACAGAACUGUUGUUUGAAUGGAAAUUUAGUCUCACUAAUCAACUUUUAUCUGAGAAGUAAAUUAUUGUAUCAUAUUUCGCGCGAAUACGGCUCAAAGCUUACUACCUGUACUUGAUUACUUAGUCGAAUGUUUUGUAACCAUCGUAAACAAUUUAAUUGUAUAUGCUGUAUCUGGUUUCUACACUGAUUAUAUUGGUUAGUCAAUCAUCAUAUCAUUCUCAUUGCAGAAAUAUUUUGAAUUAACGAAGAAAGUUUACCAACAAGUCACCGUAUCAUGAUAUUUAUAAGCAUGAAAAUCAUGUUGAGUGUGUUGGGGUUUUCUAUUUGCUAUUUUAUCGCUACAUAACGCUUGAAAAGUUAUUCUAACUAUUUAUUCAUAUGGAUUUUAAAAGUGAUUGGAACUUUUUAAAAAUGAUGGUUAUUUUUCUGUUCAAAUGGUUUUAUUAUCUGAAUGACAUGUAUUAGGUCCUUACCUAGAAUUUAUUUUAGCUAUAUAUAUCGAUCAAAUGGUCAUAUUCAAACUAGUUUAAGAAGCCGAUUCGAAAUAAAUAACUGAUAGUUUUAUCCCUGUUAAUUAGAUAACCAGUUAAAUAAUACUAGAUGGUAUCGAAUGGCAAUAAAUUCCCCAUCCAAAGUAAUUAAACAACUGCAUAUAAGGCAAACAUUUCACUUAUCUUGGAAUUUUUGUCACUCCUGGCAACUUGCUGGUUAAUGAAUUCUCUGAAUGGAUUUAGAGAGCUAGUUUAGCUUUUGUCAUCUUGUGUCAGCUUUCAACAAAGUGGCGAGUACAAUGCAACGGUUUGUUCUGUAUUACUCUAUGAUAUGGAAACAUGGCAACUGAAAGUCAAAUGCUCCUCGUUUUUGAUCACAGGUGUCUUUAAUGCACUGCUCGCAUAUUGUGGAACAAGAUUGAACAAUACUAUAGUUAGUAGAGAGUAUUAGACCAGUAUAGCAUCUCGUUUGUUGACGUUGUGGGUUUUCAUCGACUGAGGUAGUUGGGACAUGUGUUAUAUAUGCCCAACCGCGACCCACGUUAAAAUGCAAGAUUAACUGGUGUAGGAGUGAGUUGGUUAUGAAAUGAUUACGCGAUAACUAUAAUAUUUCUUGACACGUUUUCUGAAGUCUGGUUUCGCAAGUACUUUGUCAAUCUGAUUUACCCAUGAGCCAAAAAGCGUCCGAUUUCCUAAGUGUGAUUUUUGGAUUAUGUUUCCAUUGAUUACUUUUUUCUCUACAGAUAAAUGUAAGCAUUGGCGGCUGCAAAAAUUGCGUGUCCUGUCUUCAUCACUUACUUGAAAAGUAUGCUGGUACGUUUAUACAUAUUUUUUAAUAAAUCCGCAAAUAUAAAGCCUCUUAUCCGAUAAAAGAUAAAGCAAUAGCAUUGUGGUUGAAGCACUUGGCUGUCAACCAGCAGGUCCCAGGUUUGAACACCAUUACGUAUAUUUCAGUUGGUCAGUAUAAUUAGUCGCUACACAAUGCGUAAUUCUAAGCUGGAUUCAUAAUCCUGUACUUAGUAAAGUUGUUAUAUUACCAGUUAUAGAAAAUACUUCCUUCAAGCUUCAUUAUUUUUUAUUUUCGACAGAACGGGAGAAUAGGCACCCUACAUUUCACUGAUAAGUACUUUCUUACUCUCCCAAUAUCACUAUCAGUAAAAUACAUCAACGUAAAAUAUUGUUCAUAACUGUUUUGAAUUAAGCAGUUCCAUUCAAUGAGUUUUUACGUCAUUAAAAAAGAGGAGAAUAAUAAAUUUCGUCAACAGUUUAUUUUCAAACACAAAAUCAUUGAAACCAACAUGUAGUUUUAUGAUAUAAUUUAUUUGUAAAGUCCUAAUAACUAGAAAAACUACACUUUCGACGUUUCGUCAUUUAGUGUAAUUCACUUCUUCGAAUAAUAAAAAUAAAUAGAAGUUUGAAUAGUGCAAAAGGCACAAUGUAGGAUAUUUUCAGUCGUCGAAAUUAACAUAGGUCUGAUCAUGGUAAUGUUAUGUUAUUCCGGUGAGAUCUAGCCGUGUAUAUGUUAAUGGGUGUGUUAAAUAUGAUAUUUGUAAUGUGAAAGAAGAAUAGCAUCUACAACAUAGCAAUUUUUGUGCCUUGUUUCAUUAAAGAAAUUUUCUAUCUUGUUUGGUCAAAUGACUUGAAUAGUUUUAAAAUUGUAGCUGCUGGUUAUUAAUUUUUGAAAAGUAAUGUAAAGAGUAAAUAUUCCUUCAAUGUUCACCUUUUCUCCAAACUACGAACGUUGAUAACUUACAAAGUGCUAGCUCUAUCGUUUCAAAUGUCGUCACGGACACCGAUAAUGUCUAUUUCAACUACAUUGUACAUGGUAGCGUUCCAAUCGCUUGAAGGGUUAAAGAGCGCUAUCAGUACACGAAAGGCAACAUACUACUAUUGUGCGGUUCAUGAUUCGCAUUUCCACAAGAAUCAGAAGCCGUAUAUAAAACUUGUAUGUUAGAGAAAUGGUCGUAAAAUAGUCGUCAAAUCCCCACAGCCUAUUCGAUAGAGAUGGUAAGUUGGUCAAUGUUAUUAUAUAUUUUCCUGAAGGGCCCCAACAAAUGCUUAAUGUCUGGCCUUCGUCUAUCGUAAAUUUGUUGAGGGUUACUGGACUGUUGUUCGUGGGAAGGCGCAUCACAAUCAUGAAUGCAGUUCCCUAAGGUAUGAUAACCAUUCGUGGAUGCUCAGGCGCGAGUGUUCUAGAACUCUAGCUGGACUCUGGAAGAUUACGCAAGUCAGGACUUUUCAAACUAUGUUAUGUGUUUCAGUCAGCCACAACGUAGGACCAGGCACAUAUAUGCAUCGGUCCAAGUUGCCAUACCUCAUUAACACAACAAGAUGGACACCGGAUUCAUAAAAGUAGUUAAUUCAGAGGUGGUAAUAUAUAAAAGAAAGAUUGCAAUAAGGAUAUAGUACAAGAAGAAAGAAUUAGUUCGUAGAAAGAAAGAUAUAAAGCGAUUUUAAUCUCUUAGUUUAAGAGAAGACAGAGAGUGUAUACACCGACGCCAUUGUGACCGAUUCUGAGCCAUGUCACCAAGAGUCUCCAACCAUUGGUUACAAUUGUCACGCGGACCCCAACCAAGUAGUCUGCAUCUACCAACAUGGCUCAGACUAGAAGUUAGUGACUUCAAGCACUGAUGCCACGUUUUGGUUUGGCCGCCCCUAACCUUCUUCCAACCAUCUCCAACACCGGUUAGCAUGUUAUGUGUUUGUGGUGCAUUUUAAUGAUAAUAUCAUUUACUUUUGUUCGUGUCACUUGUUAAUCUGCACAGUAGAAACACAAAUAUAAGUGUGCAUUUCUAUCUAAUUAUUUCCAGAUAUAAAGGAAUACAUAAUUAGUUCUGAGGAGAAUCUCAUAUCAGUACAUCCAGUUUAUGUAAAACGAGUGACCAGCCUUUUAAAAUUUGUUGGAUUGGAUAUUAAAGAUGUCGAUAAUCAUUUAUCAGUUUACAGUAAGGACAGUAAAGCCGAGUCAAACGAUGACAUCUACUUCUUACCGGAGUUAGAUGAUAACUCACAAGUUGGUUAUUCGUCUAAUUUUUUUGUCAUUUUCACAGUUAGCUUAUUAGAUUGCUUUCAGUAAUCGUUUUUCGUUGCUACCAUCGGGUCCAAGAUUAAAUUACUUGACCUUUAACUACAUGGUUGCAAAUGUGAAUCCCACUCCACUUUAAUGUUCGGUUAGGUAGGUACUAUCACUAGCCUUGACACAAAUCUGUACGUUUGACUGAUCAGUGACCAAUAUUAUGUUUGUUUAUUCCUGUAAUGCUAAUUAGUCAAGUUACAAUGCGGCCAAUAGUCGAAGUGACUCAACGUCACCUGAUAACACGAAAACUGGGUCUUCGGUUUCCUUCCAACUACCUUCGACCACCUGACAUUUCGCAAUAACUCACUCAACGUCGAAUCACUCAGACUGGUGGCUACAUUGCAACUUGAUUGUUAUAAUUCGGUCAGAGCUAAAAUUCUACACAAAGGUAACAUUUGUCACUACUCAGCAAUCAAUCAAUUAUAAAUAUCUCAGUUUUGUAGCGUGUCAAUUAAAGUCCUAAUAGCUCAAUAGUAACGUCUCAGGCUGUAAAGCUAGGUAACAUGGGUCUAAAACCCACAAGAAGCAUCAGUUCCUUCACAACUGAAGGGAUGCCUUGUUGACAAGUUCCAACUAAUCUGGAGCACAGGUCCAGUGUUUCAAGCUGACGACCACCUGACACGAACAUGUGUUUGGUAAGUAGUUCUGUAUCAAUUAAAAGCAACAGUGCCUGAGUUUCACAAACCAUAUUUUUUAAAUUCACUUACCCUGCUUCUGUUCUAUGUUCUCGCUACAUUCAGGCUAACGAAAACUUACACAAAUCGGGGUGUAUUUAACCAGCCGAAAGUACUUAAUUACGUCUGUUACCCCUCGUGGAGGAGCAUAAGCAGCCCACCAACAUCUUCCAUCCGACCAUGUCCUGGGCAAUCCUUUCCGAUUGCUGUUUGCUCUUUUGAUGUCCGCUUCCAAUUCCCGACACAAUGCAUUCCUUGGUCUUCUUUUCCUCUACCCUUCAGGAUUCCACGUUAGGGAUUGUCUCGUGAUGCAGUCUGAUGACUUCCGCAUUGUAUAUCCUACCCGCCUCCAACGUCUUUCCUACUUUCUUCUUCAAUUGGAAGCUGGUUUAUUCUCCACCACAUUGGGCUGCUGCUGAUGGUAUCCGCCCAGUGGACAGUUGUUUAUAAAUUCUUGUACCUUUUUGAUGAUGGUUGUAGUAGUUCUCUACGUUUCAGCUCCAUACAGUAGAACUGUCUUGAAGUUUGCAUUGAGGAUUCUGACUUUGGUGUUGGCUGACAGUUGUUUUGAGUUCCAUAUGUUCUUCAGUUGUAGGUCUGUUCACGACCGAUCAUUACGGAGUCCAGCCUGUUGGUCUUGAAGUUGGGUGUCUACUGAACCUUCCAUCCGGUUGAACAACACUACUGAAAACAUGUCCGGGUACUUAUAGUAUUGUAGUGUCUCUGUAUUUCCCACACUUGCUCAUAUCUCCCUUCUUUGGUAUCCUGAUUAGUUGACCUUCUCUCCAGUCUGUGGGCACUUGUUCCUCUUCCCAAAUCUUCCUAAAUAGAAUGUGGAGCAUGUUUGCAAUCACUUUUAUAUCUGAUUUCAGUGCUUCAGCUAGUAUAUUGUCAGGUCCUGCUGCCUUCCCACUCUUGAUUUGUCUGAUGGCCAUGCUGAUUUCUCCAUUCGUUGGUGGAGUGACACCUAUGAGAAAGUCUCUGUGUGCUGCUUCCAUGUCCCGUGGGUUCAGUAAAGCUGGUCUUGCGGCAAGUGCGCUAAUUCAUAUGUUUAAACAGUUUCGUUUAGACUUAAGAGAAUACUUUGUUUAUUUCACUGUCUUUUCAACUUGAUGUGGAGUCAACAUUAAUCACGUAUAUAGGUUCCAAUGAUAGUUGGUUGGCACAAUAAUCAUAACCGAUCGACAUUGUACUAAUCUAUCAACCAAUAAAGAAUACAUUGAAUAAUCACGUAAUGUGGGAUCAAAAAUAAACGAUUUUGAGGAAAAUUAAGUGAUAACUGAUUCACUGUUAAUGCAAAGAUUCGAAAACCUCAUUUGUAUUUGAUUUGACACUAAAAAAGUGACCGCUUUACAUUCAACGUAUUGAUAUGUAAUCCAUAUCAUUAUGAGACCGUUAUUUGUCGUUAAAAUUCAGUAAACUGUGGAAAUAAUUUACUUAAUUUGUUCGAAUUUUCAAGUAUGAUAGACAGCUGACAAUUUUAUGUCAAUAAUCUUUAAUUAAUGGAUUCUUAGUUGGUAUUUACUCCUAUUUAUCACCAGGUAUUUUAAUUUCCUUAAUUAUUUCACACAUUUUCUUUUAUCUCGUAAAAAACGACUAGUUCACAUAAUGCCUAUGUUUCAUUUGAAGUUACGUCAAUUCAUUUUUCAUCGCAGAUCGAUUCUAUGGCAUCUAAACGCAAACGACUAGACGGUCAUCUUAUUAUGAAACGAAACAACCACUGCAUUAUCGCCUCCGAAUUAGUAGCAAUACUUCCGCAUGAAGUUGAAUGUUGUCGACCACAUUUAGUACCAGGUUGGUGUGUUGCAGUUCAUUCAGAACAUCAUCUAAGUAAAAUAAAUCAAUAUUUACAAUCAUUUGUUCCACUCCCUGGGGAGCUCAGUCAUAUUAAACGAAUAGACAGUUGCCGAUCAUAUGAAAGUAAAUCAACUUAUGUCUUUUUGCAGAUAGCCAAAUCAAGCUAUACAUGGCUAGAUGCCAAUGAAACUUUGAAAUCUAUGGUCGACUUACUACAAUUGAAUUCAUCCAAUCACCAGUUUAUUAGCACAUCCCCAACACCCUGCUGGAUACCACUUCAUGCACCAAUAACUCGCAAGCAUCAGCUCCUCUACUCAUUUUCAAAUGAAUCACAAGAGAAGAGAUUUUCAUCGUUCAAAAAUUCACUUAAUGAACCAAUUAUUUUAGGUUGGCCAUCCACUUUACGAGCCUGUCCCGAGCUUGAGGAACUAGUGAAUGUUGGACGAAGCUUGUCGUUAUCAUGUUUCUCAGAAUUAGAGCUAAAAAAGUAGGUUGUUUGGUCUUUAGAAUUUAUAUAUUGGACAUCAAUGUAUUUAUGAUACUAAUGGUGUACUUAUGUGCUAAACGGGUUUCAAACUAUAUUGUUAUUACUAAGUUUAGUGUUGUAUGAUGAUGAGACGAUGGAGAUGUACGAAUCAUCACUUAGCACCUUUGGUGCCUGGGAAAGUUAUGUGUUGUACAAUAAAAUAAGAGUCCGUUUUUCAACGGAAACUUAAUGCCGAGCUCAGUAUGCAACUUAUGCUGAAAUUUGAGUAAAACGCUAGGCGCUUACUUCGGCAUCGGCAAACAUGCUAUGUUAAUCUCUCGUUUUAGCAAAAUUCGCGAUAUUGAUUUCUCUAGUGGUGUAAAGUAGACCGAAGACUUCUCAUAAGGAACUGUCUUCUACUGGUUAGUUUUCACGUUGUUAUAUAAAAUACAAAUACUUGUGUUAUCUUUUUCAGGCAUUCAUUAUGGCUCAAACGUGUUUCUACCUUGUCAAAACAAGUGCAAGAACUAAGUGAUAUACACCCACAAUCAUGUGCAGGCGUUGACGGUCCGGCUUGUGCAGUCAUCAUAGUUGAUCCAGAAUCGAAUAUUGCAUUAGUAGAAUCAACUACACCUACGAUAACAUCAGAUAUAUCUUGGUUAGAUCAUGCAGCAUUACUUGCUGUAUCAGCUGUUGCUAAAUUAAAACAGAAUACAGGAAAUCAGUACUCUGAUUCUUACUUGUGUACAGGUUUUGAUGCAUACUUUUCACUUGAACCAUGUCUGAUGUGUGGUAUGGCUCUGCUUCAUAAUCGCAUUCGGCGAGUUUUCUGCUGCCAAAAGCUUGUGGGCGACGGCGCAUUUAGUAAUACAAGCCGUCUUCACGUUCAGGAACAAUUAAACCAUCGUUUCCGAGUAUUUAGUCCGCCGUAAAUGUCUAUGGGAUUUGUUUUAUAUCAGCAUACUGACAAUAAAUGAAAAAUAAACAUCUUUUUGUCUUUUUAUCAGGGAAGUGAUUUCACAUCAUAUGUUGUGGCGCUAAUUAUGACUAAAUAUAUUCCGCCUCGUUAAUUGUGGACUUCUACUGUAUAUGCUCGGGCGCAUUCAGCUUACAAAUCCUUACUAUUUUGGCUUAUUAUAAAUGACGAUAACAUCUAAAUUUUAUAUUAAAAGAUCUGUACACUAUUUGUGAUACUUAAGCAUUUUUUUACUUCUAAGAAUUUAACUACUUGAAACCAGCCAUGUUAACCAAGUGAACCUUGAAAAUGCGAAACUAGCUAUCGAUUAACAUAAAUUGUUUGCGACGAUUUUAAAUAUGCCUUUAAUUAAAACGAACAGAUAUUAAGGUUUUGUCCAUUUUUCUGCAAACAGUUUGUUAAAUAUUAUGGAAUAAUCUUGAUUUCUUUUGUCGUAACAGUUCUUAUGUCUGACUUUUGGGGAUUAACUGCUACUAGGAGGUUCAAUUUUCAACUAAAAGUAGCAUUCAUGAUUAACAAAAACUCAGCAAACUAGUGUUCAGGAUACGCUUCCCUUCCUUUGAAUUUAAAGUGGUGACGUAAAACUGGUUUGAUUUUGCGGCUAGUUUGGCAAUAAGUAAUUUAGUGUAGUGACAACCUCAUUUUUCAGUUUCGUCAAACCCCUCUGAACAUGAAGAAACCGUCAAGCGGGUUAAGCUGGGGUUAGGUGUAAUGGGUUAUUUAAGGAUACUAGGUCGAUUAACAGGGUUAAACUUUCAUCGGCUGGAAUGCAUAGGAUAUACAGAACAUCGCCUGCUCGACAAACAAUGGUGAGCGUCAUAGUGCGCCGGAGACAAGCUAAUAGUCCGAUCGAUGGCCAAUCGGGUGCAUUUCUUUUUCCUUGAUCUAACCUUUUGUUUUGGAAUUAGAUUUUCAGUCAAACUAGUAAGCAUAUUUGCCUGUUAUAUAAAUUCAGUCCGAUGGUCUGUGUUAGGACCUGCCAUAGUAGAUAAUCUUCACAAAAUUCAGUAUUGACUUAAAUCCAAAUUCUUUUAUCUACCUGCUACAACAAAGGAAGUUUAUAAAUUCAGACUAGUUUUUCUUUAUCAAGAGUACUAACUUCUCGAUCCUGCACGAGUCAUGCUGUCUAUCCAUAGUAAUGUUGUGCGAAACAUUUACAGGAUCGUGGACUAGUAAACCCGACCGUUGUUGCUACCUUGACGUGGUGGUCG